AUGUCUGAGUCAUACAUAGAACGAUUCCAUCAAGCGUUUUAGGAAAAUAUGCUUAAAGUAAUUCCUAAAACAGUUAUUGAAAAAGUUGGAAAUAUUUCCAAUUUGAGAAACAUUGUCAUGAAAUGUUUUGAAAUUCUUUACCUCGAAUACAGCUUAAUAGGGCAGUUUACUGCUGCUCAAGUGGAGUACGUAUUGAAUGGAGUUAUUAAUUUUAUUCAUGAUAAAGAAGAUUAAAUCAAGCUGUAUUCACAUGAAAUCAGAUAUAAAUACUAAAUAGAUCCAGCAAAAUACUUUUUCUUAAAAAAAAUUGGACUCUAAGCAAUGACAGAAAACAAAGUUGAAAUCCAAGUCGCCUUGAGAAUAAUUGAGCAAUUUGUUAAUUAUCGCUGUUAUUUAUUUGAUUCAUAUUUAGAUCAUGAAAAUGCCUUCUUAAUUGAUAAUUUAGUCCAAAAAUUCCACGAAAAUAGCGAAAUCAGUGGUUUCUUCUUAGAUCCCUCUGAAGAAAACUCAAUUGAUUUCAUCAAAAAAACAUUACAAACUCUGUAUUCAUCUACUUAUUUGACAGAGUAUUCUCGUUACAUUAAAAAGUAACUCAAAGUUGCUCCUAAUCGCCGCUUCUUUGAUAACUUGAAGGAAUUCUUGAAAAAGAACAUUCCUUUAACUGAAUAUUUACCAGUUGCAGAAUUUGAUUACAAAUUCUUUAUAAUUUAAUGCAAGCUUGAAAUACAUAACCAAGCUGCUUUCUAAAGUAUUUUGAAGAAUUUAGAUAAUGAGCUGUAGCAAAUCAAACAAGAAAUGAUUAAUCAAUUAAAAACAGCUCACUUACCUAGAGGAAUAACAGACCAACAAAUAAUAAGUUGUAUUCCCUUCCUUCACGAUCUUUUCUCCUUCUGCUUUAAUACAAACUACGAAAUUUAUAAUGUGUAAGAUAUACAAUCAGCAGGUGUAUACUACCAUUUAAACCCACAAGCCCUCCCAAUAGUAGGUUACAUCCUAAAAACUUUCUACGAAAAGAAGAACAUCCCUCAAAACUAAAAAGACCCACUACUCGAAUGCAUAUCAAUAAUAUUUUCAUCAGUUUGA